AAUCAAAAUGGGCCUCAUCAAGACUGGAAUCCAACUCGCCGGAGCUUACGGCCUCCUCAAAGUCUCCUCAAAAGCUGCGAAUGAUUUUCAAGAAAAGAAGCAACAAACUCAAGCGCACCAAUGCCAAUGCCAUCAUCAUCACCCCGACCACCACCCCCAACAAUACCAACAAUCACAUUAUGCAUACGACCACCGCAUGAACUACAACCCUGGCUCUGGUUCAUACCACCAUUAUCCUCACCAUGCACCCUACAACCCCACUCCCUAUCCCUCGCAUCAAACUAUGCCAACGGCAAAAUAUGAAGGGUCAAUGCCGCCGACCGCGCAUCACCCUCAGACACAAUCCCAGUCCGCAGAACUACCAUGAUCGCCAGUGGAGGAUCCACUAUGGCUCUUGAUUUAAAAGUCCAAU